CCCAGCGACCCCGGUUUGAGGGAAAUUGGGCCAGUGGUCGAGGUGCAAUCCGACAUUUGGCGUUAUCGUUUUUGUUUUUUGUCUGUACAAAUUGAGAGCGACAGAGAACCAAGAUAUUGCAGGCCCAGUCCGCACAGCAGCCCUCCCCCUCUGCUGUAGUCAAAUAGUUAUCCCAAGGUUUGAACAUUGAGUCCUACUGAUGUCUUACAAGCCAGCUGAUUUAUCCCGUUUUUAUGGAGGGCAUUUCAUUACAGGUGACUAACAGCAUGUUUAGUGCUACCAGAAAGAGGUUUGUAGAAGGGGUGGAGAGUGACUACCCCGAUGACACUGUGUAUUAUGGCCAGACAUCCAUGUUCCCUCAUCCAUCAGACAAAGACAUGCUGGCAUCUCCAUCCCCAUCGUCGUCAGGUCAAUUGUCGCAGCUUGGUGCCAGUUUAUACGGGCCACAAAGUGCCCUAGGGUUCCCUAUGAGGGGCAUGAGCAACACGGCUCAGUUGAAUCGUAGCUUACCACAGGGCAACCAGCUACCGAGCCACGUUACCCCUGCCUCUGGAGUCGCCCCCACAAUGUCCCUCCAUACUCCUCCCUCGCCAAGCAGGGGCAUCCUGCCCAUGAACACGCGGAACAUGAUGAACACCCCUCAGCAGGUGGGGCGCCAGGAGGUCAUGGUGGGGGGCAUGCCUAGUGGGGGCAGGACCAACAGCCUGGGCAGCUCGGGCCUGGGCAGCCCUAACCGUGCCUCUCCCAGCAUCAUCUGCAUGCCCAAGCAACAGCAGUCACGGCAACCUUUCACCAUCAACAGUAUGUCGGGGUUUGGAAUGAACCGGAAUCCAUCGUUCGGGAUGAACAACUCGUUAUCCAGCAACAUCUUCAACGGAACAGACGGAAGUGAAAACGUGACAGGUCUGGACUUGUCAGACUUCCCAGCGUUAGCAGACCGGAGUCGGAGGGAAGGAGGUGGGAACCCUACUCCUCUCCUCAACCCACUGGCUGGGAGGGCUCCUUAUGUUGGAAUGGUCACCAAACCCUCCAACGAACAGUCCCAAGACUUCUCCAUCCAUAACGAGGACUUCCCUGCACUGCCUGGUCCCAACUACAAGGACCCCACGUCCAACAACGACGACAGCAAAACGAAUCUAAACUCUUCAGGUAAGACUUCCAGCAGCACAGAUGGGCCCAAGUUCCCCGGGGACAAGAGCUCAACAGCCCAGAACAACAACCAGUUGAAGAAAGGCAUACAGGUGUUACCGGACGGACGUGUGACGAACAUUCCUGGGGGCAUGGUAACAGACCAGUUUGGGAUGAUUGGCUUGUUAACGUUCAUCAGGGCAGCGGAGACGGACCCUGGCAUGGUGCACCUGGCACUGGGCAGCGACCUGACAACACUAGGACUCAACCUCAACUCGCCAGAAAAUCUGUACCCCAAGUUUGCAUCUCCCUGGGCGUCAGCACCGUGUCGACCCCAGGACAUCGACUUCCAUGUUCCAUCUGAGUAUUUAACCAACAUUCACAUAAGGGACAAGCUUGCUGCAAUCAAACUGUCUCGGUAUGGGGAGGACCUGCUUUUCUAUCUUUACUACAUGAACGGAGGAGACCUCCUCCAGCUGCUGGCAGCAGUAGAGCUCUUCAACCGGGACUGGCGGUACCACAAGGAGGAGCGUGUGUGGAUCACGCGGGCGCCGGGCAUGGAGCCCACUCUGAAGACCAACGCCUAUGAGAGAGGCACCUACUACUUCUUUGAUUGUCUUAACUGGAGGAAAGUAGCCAAGGAGUUUCAUCUGGAAUACGAGAAGCUAGAGGAGAGACCCCACGUGCCAUCCACCUUCAACUACAACCCAGCUCAGCAAGCCUUCUGAGAGACUUCCUUCCCCUCGUUCUCAGUCCACCAUGGGAUCCUAGACCUGAGUUCUGGUCCCUGGCCCUGGUUCCUCACAGCAGACAGACGGACAGACCUACAGACAGCGAAUGCCGGUGUGGCUGGCUCAGGCAUCCUGCUUUUUAUUCCUCGAUCCACCGUCUGGCAAAUUGACUUUAGGCCAAAUGGAGGGAAAUCCGGCGACCAUUUUGGCUCCGAGCAGGUCCUUCUUCCCCUGAACUGAAUGAUGUGCCGCCUAAUCAGACGCUGGUUUCUCUUUUUUUUUUAAAUCUUUUUUUUUCUUUUCCCUGUUUUUUUUCCUGACCUUGUCCCUUUUGUUUUGGUUGGUUGUCAUUUUGAAAACAUUCAGAACCUUUUUGUUUACGCCUCCAUUCUUCAGACCUCCCCAUUGGUCACGAAGCACCAUGACAUCAUAAUACACACACACACAGACCCUCUGACAGUGACAGAACAAGGUUGAUCUGUCAUUAUCCAACAGAAGUGUUCAAAGAAAAUACCUCAACAUAAUGUUACUGUAGCAGAGUGGAAGACCCACAGACCCACAGACAGACCGACAGACCCACAGACAGACCCACAGACAGACCCACAGACAGACCCACAGACAGACCCACAGACGGACAAGAGGCCAGGAGAAAAUGCAAUGUUCAUAUUGUAGCUCUAUUUCGUAAUAAAAGAACACAAAAGA